AUGGAGAGCUGGAAGCAGGGCCGCAGUGAAUUACUGGAGCAACUUGAAAAUGUAUGCAACCAGAUAGGACAGAAUAUUGCCUCAGAACUUAACAACGACAAGUUUGCUCAUAUCAGCCAUGAGGAGUUGCGGAUGUUACGAGAGACUUCGGCCAGCGUUCAGAAGCUAGCAGAAUCCCAUGGUCGUUUAACAGACGAAUUGGAGAUAUGUCGGGAGGCGGCUGCGAAGGUGGAGGAGUUGGAGAAGGAGAACAAACGCCUGGCCCAUGAAUUGCAGAAGAAGCUGGAGCAGGAUGUCACACCAGUUCCGAAGCCUACUGCUCGAGUCCAUUAUGGCAGUAUACUCGACCUUACUCCUGGAUCCAGCGAGCCGCCAUCCUCUGUUGCACGAAUCGAACCUGGUGAAUCGAAUCAAGCUAUACAGAAGAAGUACGAUGACCUGACCAAGAAAUACAACAAAGUGUGCCAGAAAUUAGAUGUAAUGAAGGACGCGAAGGAAUAUGCAUCAAAUGUGGCCAAAGAAGAGAAGUCGAAGAGUGCACAAUGGAACGAUUGGGGCAAGAAGAUGGCUGAGAGGAUUGAAAAGAAGGACGAGAGGAUUCGAAAGCUAAAAGAAGAGAUCAGCGGAUUGAAAUCAAAGCUUCUCGACAACAGUGACGAGGUAGAAGCUGAGAAUAACCUAAAUCAGCACCCAGAGGCCAUACAAGCCCCGAGAAACGAAUUGCCGUCCGCGGAAGAUAUUGGAGGUGAUAGCAUCCAGGUUCCUGCGAGUAGUCCGUCUACAAAACACCACCCAGGGAUUGCGACGGAUAUAUCAGAAACGAGACCGACGGGUCAUCUGAUGGCCAAUGACAGCCAUGGUCAUCCUCGCGAGAAAGAGGCUGACCUUCCUACUCUGUACGACGAACAAAGCUAUGUCGGAGACACAAGCUUCGAACCAUUAGAAGUCCAUCACACAAGUUCUACAGAAGGAGACUCUGAGCCUAUUUUACCGGAAAUCACAGCAGGCGAAGAUCCUAUCGCCGAUGUUGAACCAGAAAACAAGCAGCCCAGUUCUCCACCCGUGUUUGUAUCCACGCGAAGUGUCAAGAAGCGGAAAGGCCGUGACCAGAACGUCGACGAUACUCCUGGUCCAAAGAUCAAGAAUGAAGUUAUUGAACUCAGUUCUCCUCACACGCCGAUUCCGCCAUAUAUUAAUACAAAUGAGAGUAUGGAUCUGGACGACAUUGGGGAAAAGGUCAGUACGCCGCGAAAAGUGCAGAAAGUGGCCGCCCUUUCUAGACUCACAAGCACUUCCCAAAUGUCCGGCCAGAGUCAAUCUCAGGGCCGCAGCAACACUUCUGGACCAUCGGCACAUAAGCUAGCCCAGCAGGAAAGGUCAGUUCUCCAGCCACGAAGCGUGAACACAAAAGUCUUGCCAAGAACUUCCGAUGAUAGCAGAGCACCAAAGAAACGGCGGAUUGCAAGUGAUCGAGAUAUGGCAGAGUUGACCGAGGACGGCGAAAUACCUAUCGGCAAAGCAGAGCUACGAAGGCAGACUCCAAACAGCGAUGAGCGAUUGAUCGAGCUGCUUUCAAAGCCUUCUCCAAAUAGGCGAGUCAUCAGCCCCCAGCAAACUCGGUCUACUGGUCAAACCUCAAUCUUGUCCGCACUUCGUACUGAAGUACCAAAACCUCGUCCGAAUCCGGCCUUGACUUCAGCCCUCGCCCAAGAGCUUCUUGGGGUAACUCCGCGCAAAGAGCCUGAUGCUCCAUAUUCCAACACGGAAAAACCGAAAUUCAGUAGAGAACCUACGCCUAAUUCCAGGCCUUCAUCGACAAGAGCUAGUCGUGAGCCACUUGAUCUAACAGCACUAUCGACUAGGCGAAUAAUCCUAGGUGCCGUAGAGUCUUUCAAGCCUUCUUCUGGCCAGCAACCUGGAAGCUCCGCGGAAUCUUUUCAACCAAGCUCCAAAACUUCGUCUAGGGAACAUCAUGUCUCAGACAUAACACUCGCAGAACGAUCUCCAUCGCCAUUAUUAGGGACACAGCUCCCUGCUCGUAGGGAUCUUGCCUCAGCAUUCAAAUCAAGAACAGUCCAGGAGCUUGCAAAAGCUUCCCCUCGGACGCCUACCGUCGGUAAGCCGGUCAGGCCCAACAGAUCUGGUACUGUGAAGAGGAAGCAGAUACAAACGGAAGAAGAUUACGAGAUGGAUCCUAACCAGGAGCCUCUCCGUUCUCGACCAGUGAGCAAGCUUAGUCUCAGCGAUUUCAAGAUCAAUCCCAAUUACAAUCAGGGUUACGACUAUGCAUACAACGAUGUUGUUCGUGGCAAGGAAGCACGUGCAUGUUUAGAAGGCUGCAUCAAACCCAGGUGUUGCGGUUACAAGUUCCGUGGACUGGCCAAGGCAGAGCUGGAUAUCAGACGUUUGACUCUUUCCCAGGAAGAGAGAGAUGAGACCCUUAUGGAGGAGUUUCUUGGGGCUGGUGCCGGUCAACUCAAGUACAUGAGCAAAGCGGAAAAAGAGGAAACUCUAAUCCAAGCAAAAACAAGGGAAAUUGCAAACAAGACUGGUCGGCAUAGACAUGCUUAUCACAGACAAUCCAGUCCGUCUGGUUUUUGGAGAACUGAUUUUCCUACUACCCAGGAAGACGAGGAGGACAGAGCAAGGGCGAAAGACAAAGAAAGAGAGGAGGUGGAGCAACGGUAUCGACAUGCAAUGAGGUCUGGCGGUGCUUGGCUGUUCCGUGAUGAAUGA